AAUCCCCUCUUUAUUUUAUGUACCUUAAUCUGGAUCCCAAAACUUUAACUAAGUUAAUUAUUUCCCGCUAAACAGGUAGUCUUUCUAUCUCUCGUCCCUCUUUUUUCUUCUCCUUCUUGUUCUUGUUCUUCUUCUUUCUCUCUUCAUCAACAGCUGGUCUGUGUCCUGCAUGUAAUGGCAUCUGGAGCCAUCGUCCAGCACCACGCGCGCGACCCAUCCAGCUCCCCCCAUACGACAGCAUCCGACGAUACCUCUGCGGAUUCUAACCCUCUGCUCAACCUUCUUACCAACUCCCUCGUCCUCCAUCAGAUUAUCCCCUACUUGCCUAUCUCGAGCCUUCUCAACCUCGCCGCAACUUCGCCGUCGUUCCGCGACCUGCUCUUGUACCGCACCCCCGGCGUCUUCCGACACCUCGACCUAACCGGGAUCAAAGCCGGCCAUGGCAGCGAGGUCUGGCCCAGCGCCCACCUGGACGAGAGCAUCACCGAAGACGACUUCUACUCGGGCCCCCUGCGCCGCGUGUUCCAACACAUCCGCCGCCGCGACAUCCUGCCCAGCGUCCAGACCCUGGUCCUCGACGGCCUCUCCGUCACCGCCGAGUUCUGCCACGAGAUUCUCGUCGACCCCGCCCUGCGCGUGCGCAUCCUCUCCGUCCGCGACGUGAAGAACCUCAACGAGCGCAAGCUCAUGCAGAGCCUGCGCUUCGCCUGCCGAUCCACCCGCCCCAGCCCCGACGGCACCCCCAGGCUCAAGGCGCUGUAUGUCUUCGGCACGAGGGACGCCCCCGCCCUGCCCGCCCCUCCCUUGAUAGCCAGGCGGCAUCACUUCACCCGGGGCGGAGGUGCCAACAUCAGCAUCGAUUGGAACCUCAAGUCGCAGCAUGCGCUGAACGCGUCCAUCCAGAGCGAAGGGGACGACUGGUACCACAAGAAGGGCCGCAUCAUAGGGAAACACAUCGCGGACGGCUGGGCCGAAACGCUGCUGGACUGCCGCGAGGUGAUUAGAUUUGAUGCCGUGCUUUGCACAAGCCCUUGCCACCAGAACUCGCCCGCCUUCGGGAAAGUACCAGGUGCGCCGCGCGGACCGGCACCCGGUACCGAGCGCCAAUGGAGCGUUGCCACCUUCGCUCUGGGCGGCUGUGCGUCUUGCGGCGCAGCGCCGGAGGGCUUCACCGUAUACGGGGAGUCUCCGCCGGGGGACUUGCCUCUGCUGGCACCUGUUCCGCUGCACUCGUCCACGAUCAAGGCGGCGACGUGCCCGAAACCCGACCCCGACCCCCACCCCCGAUCCGGAGGAAGCGAGGGGGCGCACAAGUUCGUCCCGAGAUGCCUAGACUGCAUCCGCGAGCGGUACUGCUUCAGCUGCGGGCAGUGGUGGUGCGAGGCCUGCUACCAGGUGCCCAGCAGGCAGGAGCUCAGCGGGCAGCUGGUGCACAUCGUGGGCCAGACCAACGGGGCAGCGGGCCACCAAUCGGUAGCCGCCGCGCUGCCUACUGUCAAGGUACGGAAGGGUUACUGUCUGAAUUGCUCCCCGAUAGCUAUGGAGCCAAAGCUGUCGUCGAGUCCGAGUCCCCAUGCGCCCUGAGGUGGUUUGCGAAGCCCGGCCAUCCAGGAAGGAAUUCUAUCUACCUAUCUUACCUAUAUAUCUACCUAACCUACCUAUAUAUUACUAUCACUCCCCCAUGACCCUGGCUCAUGUAGGGAUAGCGAGAGUGGAUUAUCCAACCCGCUUUCGGUCAUCCCCGGAAAUUGUAUGCGACGACAGGUUCCCCCCAGACGCAAAACCUUGCUUUCCUCAGUCCCUAUCUGAUUAUUUGAUUUAUAACCCCGAGAUCCCAAAGAUCAAACGGAGUUGUUGGGAAUGCGAACACAACUGUCUGGAUUGCAUCG